GGGGCAGGUGGCUCAAUGAUUAUGGAGUCUUACAAACAGACUGGGGUUGUGAGGAAGCACUAUAUAGGGAUGGUUACCAUGCUUGAUAUUGUGGCAUACAUUGCUGAUGAUAAAGAUCGUGAUCAAAUGAUGGGCGGUAGUGUUGAAGUGGUUGCUGAUCUUCAGAGGAAGAUGAUGGUGCCAGUGUCGUCUAUUAUAGGACACUGUUUUGAGGGACUUAGCUUGUGGACUCUGAACCCAAACACUAGCAUUUUAGAGUGUAUGGAACUGUUUUGCAAGGGAAUCCACCGAGCCUUGGUCCCAAUGGACAGCCAAACGGAGAAUAUCCAACGAGUUGAACUCGUGGAGUCUGCAUCAAGCUAUAAGAUGCUUACACAAAUGGACUUACUGAAAUUCCUCAACGACCAUGCCCCUGAAUUGGAGGGGAUCUUAUCAAGCAGUGUAAAGGGAAUAGGUGCCAUAAAUGAGAAUGUUUAUGCCAUAAACGAUCGUACCAAAGUUAUUGAAGCCAUCAAAUGCUUGAGGACUGCUUUGCUCAAUGCUGUUCCUAUUGUUCAGUCCUCUAAUGAUAUUGGAGAAGAUCACAGACAGCUUAUAAAUGGCAAAGGGAGGAAGCUGAUAGGUACAUUUUCUGCAACAGAUUUGAGGGGUUGCCAUUUUUCUGCACUGCAAACAUGGUUGCCUCUAAGGGCACAAGAAUUCAUCGAGCUAGUGUCAACAAGCCCUUUAUUUGCAGCUCGGGAGGGGGUCUCUCCAAGGGAACUUGUGAAUUGCCAGCCUGAUUCGCCCCUCUCUGAAGUGAUUGACAAGGUUGUCUCUAAACAUGUGCACCGAGUGUGGGUGGUGGAUCAACAAGGUUUACUUGUUGGGCUCGUUUCUCUCACCGAAAUAGUUGGAGUCCUGAGGGUUUCAAUGUUGUCAAAGAUUGGCGCAAUGUAAUCUCAUACUUAUUGAUGAGAAGUGUCACAUCUUAGAAUCUUCGUUUGCCUGUUUUAAUUAGAACUUUUGUGGAACAAGUGUUUUACUAAAACAAUAAAUGCUUCCUAGAAACCGAAUCUAAAAUUAAACAUGCAUGUCGUUGUUCCAAAUCCUCUAUAUUGGUUAAUGGAUGCUCCAAAUAGAUGGCACGCUAUGAUCCUACGAAUAGCAGUUGGAUGCUAAACCUGAGACUGAGAGCCAUUUUUGCAGAAUCCAUGGGAGCUAAGGUGGGUUAACUAUCAGAAUUCUUUGGGAUAUUUUGCUACUUUUCAUCUGAGCUUCAAUCAGAGGUAAGGUUUAGAAGACUUGAUUAGAAGGUGGUUAUUGCAACUGUCUCAAAAUGUCAACUAUUUAAGACAGAA